AUGAAUCUCAUCCCAACAUGUCACCGUCGCUCGCCGGUAUAUCUCCCGGAAGAACUUGUUGCCGAAGUGCUUUCGAUUCUUCCCGUCAAAUCACUCCUGCAACUGAGAUGUGUUAGUAAGUCAUGGAAGUCACUCAUCUCCAAUCCCAUCUUUGUCAAACAACACCUUAAUCGAUCUACACGGAAUGCCAACCUCACACUUGUCUCUUCUUUCUUGAAUGAGGGUGUGGCAGCUUUUUGUAUUUCUUUCUUCAAUGAGCAUACAGAGAUGCGUCUUCGUGUUUGGAAUCCCGCCACCCGGGCAAUAUCAGAAAAAUUAGGGUUUUCCAGCUAUGACAACGUAAGUCAUCCUCCUACUUUGACAUUUGGUUAUGAUGAUUCAACGGACACUUAUAAGGUGACCUAUUUCAUUCCAAAUAGAAGAGGGGUUAGAGUUCUUAGUUUGGGCCAUAAUGUUUGGAGAAAUAUUCAAAAUUCUCCCCAGGAUCAUGGUUUUAAAUUGCGUUUUGAUGAAGGGCCAAUUAUUAAUCCAAAUCUACGCGUGUUAAGGGAUUGUCUUUGUUUUUCUCAUGAUUUCAAUCAAACUCAUUUUGUUAUAUGGCAAAUGAAGGAAUUUGGAGUGGAAGACUCUUGGACUCAACUCCUUAAAAUUAGUUAUCAUAGCAAUCUUCAAAUUGAUUAUCCAUUUGAUGAAUUCCAUCAUAGCUUGGUGCCAUUAUGCCUUUUGGAGAAGAAUGAUACACUGUUAUUGACAUACACAUAUCAACGUCAUAUAACUCUCUAUAAUUGGAGAGAUAAUAGAGUUAAAAGAAUCAAUCAAUCUUGGCCGUUCCAUCCCAAGAAUUAUGUUGAAUGUUUGGUUUGGUAUUGUUGA